CAGGCGCGGCGGGGGCGGGCCCGUAUCCCUGCGCGCUCCCGACGCUCCGGUGCAGGCCCGGUCCCGGUCCCGGUCCCGGCCCGGCCCCGAGCAGGCCCCGGCCCCCGGCCCGGCCCGGCCAUGAAGUUCCUGUACAAGGAGGAGCAUCCGUUCGAGAAGCGUCGCUGCGAGGGAGAGAAGAUCCGCAAAAAGUACCCGGACCGAGUGCCGGUGAUCGUGGAAAAGGCGCCCAAGGCCCGGAUUGGGGACCUGGACAAGAAGAAAUACCUGGUGCCCUCCGACCUCACAGUGGGUCAGUUCUAUUUCCUGAUCCGGAAGCGGAUCCACCUGCGGGCUGAGGACGCUCUGUUCUUCUUCGUCAACAACGUCAUCCCCCCGACCAGCGCCACCAUGGGCCAGCUCUACCAGGAACACCACGAGGAGGAUUUCUUCCUUUACAUCGCCUACAGCGACGAGAGCGUCUACGGGGCCUGAGCCCGCCCUGCUCCAGCCCCUCCCGCCCUUCCCGGGGCUCUCCCGGUGCUUCCCGCUCCCGCUUUUCCCGGUUUUUUCCCCGUUUUUUCCCCAUUCCCGGUUCUUUUUUUUCCGCCCCCCUCCCCCAAAUAAAGCGACGGAGCCGCCUCAGGGCCUGGA